UAGUCUUUAAGGCUAAAUGUGCAGUUGCCUAGCAUCUCGCAGAGAAAAUAAGCUUAUGGCUCAAUAAAAGUAAGUUGCCUAGAAACACGCGAGCGACCCUUUCUUCUUAGAACAUCCGAAAAAUCUUAUUCGGGUGAAGUGAUCAUUGAUAAGGGAGUCAAGCAAGGUUCUGCAAGCAAGGAGGAAGAUAGGAGGUGAAGUUGUUGAUGGUGUCUUUGAGAUUGAGGGAUUGGUACUGGCAGUAGAGGCUGAGAAGAACAUAUAAGUUAUCAAACCUGUCCAGUAUUAUCUUACUCAAUCAAGCACACCCUCCUAAAUAUGGCGGCCACUCUGAAGCCCUAUCUGACUGCAGUGAGGCACACUCUGACUGCCGCAAUGUGCCUAGAGGAUUUCUCCUCACAGGUCGUGGAGAGGCACAACAAGCCAGAGGUCGAGGUCAGGACGAGCAAGGAGCUGCUGCUCACGCCCGUUACCAUCUCCCGGAACGAAAAGGAGCGCGUCCUCAUCGAGUCAUCCAUCAACUCGAUCCGCGUCAGCAUCGCCAUCAAGCAGGCGGACGAGAUCGAGAAGAUCCUCAGCCACAAGUUCAUGCGCUUCAUGAUGAUGCGCGCCGAAAACUUUGUCAUCCUGCGGCGCAAGCCGGUGCAGGGCUACGACAUCAGCUUCCUCAUCACCAACCACCACACGGAGGCCAUGUACAAGCACAAGCUGGUCGACUUCCUAAUCACCUUCAUGGAGGAGAUUGACCGCGAGAUCAGCGAGAUGAAGCUGGCCGUCAACGCGCGCGCCAGAAUAUGCGCCGAGGAGUUCCUCAAGAGGUUUUAGCGGCGCUGCGGACGGCCCCGUUCUGUGGAGUUUCUGAGAGCUGCCGUGCCGAGCUCGGUACCGCGUAUGCGCUGGCGUGGCGGGCGUCUCUUCCGACACCCACCCCGCCGUACAAUAAGGGAGAACCCCUCCGCUACAACGCAGCGGGAGAGAGAAGGAAGCGGCUCGACCCGGUGCCGGGCAGUGUGAUUACUGGAGAGAUGCCGGACUACGCCGGGCGAUCGGCGGUCCUGCAGAACCACCGGUCGGCGCCUAGGGUGUGAGUGGCCAUGAUCCAAAGGGAGAUGAUACGUGAUUCCAGGAAUUAUUUUAUACCGUGCUUACUACCACGCAAGUACCGAUCAAACCAUACCGUUAAAGGGACUAUCCCACCUUCUAAAAUGUUGUUAAAACCGGUUAAAUUGUGCCAGACUUUAUAGAUUGGAUGACCAGGAACACGGUUCUGGCAUUUAUUUUUCAUUAAACAUCUUAGGCUUCCCAUAUUCCAAACACAAACUUUCAAAUAUGUGACGUCACAGCCCAAAAUUACCUCCUUCCCCAGGCCACAUUACUGUCAUAAAGCUGAUUCUUUUUACUCUGUAGGCACCACAACAAAGUUCAGACCAAGUUUUAAGCGAUUUUUCAACGAACAAACUCAUUUAAAUCAGAAUGACUAAACGAGGUGACGUCACACUAACGGUCGCUCCAUGUUGAAGAUAGGGCCUUGUACAAGGCCCAUUUUCAAAUGAAGGGAACGAAUUUCUUCAACACCAAGAGGCCGCGGGGGUUGCAACCUAGAUAGAUAGUGGUUUCUGAACCUCGCCGCAAACUUGGCUAUCUCAACUCAAACCCCAUGUUAAAGGUGGGAUAGUCCCUUUAAUCCGAAUCGCCCGUAGUGGGUGGCUCAUGCUUGCCGGUAGUGCCGCCACGACAGUUGCUCGCUUUCCGUUUAGCCCGUUCGCUCGCUUUCAUCGAUUCGCUUGGCUUAUGUGACGGUCGUGUGUAGAUGACGAUCGUGAUCGGACGGUGACGUAUAUCGUGUAUUUUCUGUCACUUUAUAAUAUACAUGUUGAAAUAUUA